GGUAGGCCUUGGGUAUAAGCUCGAAACAUUGUCAUUGCUGUCGCGCACGAGAACAACCAGUAUUCAGCUAUAUUUUAUAAAAUCCACGCAUUAUGUUCAACGGCUUACCAACCUUGAUGAAAUACCCAGACCGAUCGCCUUUUCUGUGCGGUCCCAGCGGAUUUACAUUCGACAAUUGUCUGCGCAACAAACAACUAAAAGAGAAUGGCCUUGAGGAGCCGAAUAGCUUUACUACUGGCACCACUGUGGUGGGCAUCGUGUUCGACGGCGGAGUAAUCAUAGGCGCCGAGUCCAGGGCUACCAGCGGCGGCAUAGUUUUCUCAAAGACGUGCCGCAAAAUUAUUGAGCUGCAGGCCAACAUUUUUGCCGCGGGAGCUGGAACCGCUCGGGACACGAAAGCCCUGGUGGAACUGACGCGGGCGCAGCUGGAGCUUCACCGGAUGAACACUGGGUUCCGCAAAGUGCCGGUGUGCUGUGCCAACCAGAUGAUACGGCAGCUGCUGUUCCGUUUCAACGGGAAUAUAGAUGCCGACAUGAUCAUAGGCGGCGCGGAUAACACCGGAGCGCAUCUCUUCUGCACUCGCAGCGACGGCUCCACGGACACGGCGCCCUUCACGUCCAUCGGCUCCGGCUACCAGGUAUCCAUGUCCAUCCUGGAGUCACGGUGGUCGGAGGACCUCUCCGAGGAGUCCGCCUGCGCCCUGGCUUGCGACGCCGUGGCCGCGGGCAUGAAGAACGACCUGUGCUCCGGAGGCAAGGUCAGCCUCUGCGUCGUGCGCUGCGACUUCUCGGUGCAAUGGCCCGAGCAGCUCCCCCGCCAGGUCCCACCAACUCGCACCUAUCGCCUGUCACCCAAGCCCGGCCGAACCACCAUUCUAUCCACCUUGGUGCAUCCGGUGCUUUCGUGGCGGGGCGCCCUAGCUCUGCCCGAGCCAGGAGGUAGCCAGGAGCCAGGGCGAGGACCAGGCACUAGUGGUGCCGCCAGAGGGCAGGAGGCCCCGCGCAGAUCCAACAGUCUGGACGAGCCGGAGGCCAAAAGAAAGAAACGCGGAGGGAGAUAGGACCCGGCUUGGGUGAUCCUCAAUAUCCUUACCACAAAUUUCUUGAUUGGUCGUAAGCGUUUAGUGAGUUACCGUGAUUUCAAACUUUCCAUCUGGAAAUUGAAGCUUGUUGCGUUAUCUUGUGCAAAUUACACAUUUUUUGUUUCGAGCACGACCUUCCACCAGGAGGAAAAGAGCUCUGUUACCCGGAUAUUUGUACGUAGAUGGAUUAAAUCAAAUUAAACCAAAUUAUUUAAAAUCCAAAUAAACCAAAUUAUC